CAUUUAAAUCUUAUUAUGUUACCAUUAUUAUAUUUAUAUAAAAAAUAUAUUAGUUCUGAAAGUUACUCUUCUCUUUUACUUCCAACAGCAAAACAAGAAGAUGAUGAAAUUGUUCUGCAGAUUGUCUACGUCUUCUAUCAAGUCGCCAGGCACACGAUCACCAGGGACUACUUGAUCAGAGAGACUGAGGCGCCUGCUUACCUGAUAGACCUAAUGCAUGACAAAAAUGAAAACAUCAGGAAAGUCUGUGAUGCCUGUCUAGACAUUAUUAAGGAGUGCAAUGAGGCGUGGGCAGAGAAAAUAAAGACGGAACAGUUUGAGUGGCACAACUCACACUGGUUGACAAUGGUUGAGAACAAGGCCCUGGAUGCUGCUGUCGGCACACUAGCAGACGACAGUGAGGCUAUGCCACACUAUGACUUGUUGCAGCAGUCUCUGCUUCUGCAGACAGGAUCCCAUUCGUCACUAAAUGGAGAUGAUAUUGAAAUAGUGUCAAACAACCCACAAUCAGAUGAGGGAAGUCGUCCUGUUAGCAGUUACGGCUCUACAGAUGGAGGCCGCUACGGAUCAGAGCUGGAAGAAGGUCUACCGCAGGGGUCUCCCCAGACAAAACGUGGAGAGGAGAGCCACGAGGAUGUGCUGAACAAUGCUCUCCGCAAUCUUGUCAUCUCCGAAGAUAACUUGGAGGACGACUCGUACUUUCACAUUCAGUAGAUUUAGGUGUCAACUCUGACUUACUGACAGGUUCUCUACUGCUAGUCAUUUUGUUGUAGAUGUGCUGUUAUUGUUUAAGGGCUGCUAAAUUAAUUUAUCGUUAAGUUGUUAUUUAUUUUAUUUUUAUAUCGAUCACUGGUUAUUUAUUUGUAGCUUUAUAUUAGUAUUUAAGGUGCUCUAUGAUAUUGGAUGAUUGUAGGUUUGUGCCAUAGACCUUUCAAAAUCAAUCAUUGGGCUCACUAAGUACAAGUUCACGUUUUAUUUCUAUGAAAUUUUUAUUUGGAUUUAAACAUACUCUAUUUUGUAUUGUAUAUUAAAUUAUGAUACUUUUCCUUUUGUAGUUAUGUUUCCGUUUAUUGUUUUAAAUUAUUCAUUAACAACGUUUGCUAAGCUCACUAUUCUGUUUGUAAGAGUCAUAAACAUGUUUAAAAAUCUUUAUUAAGUAUGCUCAUCACAUCCAUUAUAACUUAACUUAAAGUAUAAAGAAUUAAAUUUAAAAAUAAUAAUAAAUUUGUAUUGAAUUAUUUGUUUUUAGUUGUUUUGUUAUUUAUACUAUACUUAGAGAGUUCAAAUUAAUUUUUUACAGUACAGAUUAUUUUAUAUUGUUACAGAAAUAGUUAUAUUUGUAAGAAUCAUUUUCAAUCAUAUAUAACUUAAGAAUAUAUUGAAUUAUCUGCAGUAACCUACUUAAAAGUAGUGGUCAAUGAUUUCAGUGUAAUGUUAUUUUCUAGUCAGAACAAGAAAUGCCAUGUUACUUUAAUACUAUGGUUGUAAUUUUUUUAUUAUCAGGGGCAAAGUUUUAAAAAUAAAGUCACCUCAAGAUUUAUUUUGUACUCUAAA